UCCGCGGCCGCGCCGCUGCUGCCGCAGCCGCCACCAGCAGAGCGCAUCGGGCUAGCCAAGCGAGUGGCUAGGGCGGGCGCCGAGGAGGGGCCGGGCCAGCAGGCGGAGCUCGAGGAGGACGAGGCAGCGUAUUGCCGGCGCUGGGGCGCACAGCACGCUGGGGCCCGCGAGCUGGCUGCCCUCUACUCUCCAGGCAAGCGCUUCCAGGAGUGGUGCUCUGUGGUUCUGUGCUUCAGCCUCAUCGCCCACAACUUGGUCCACCUCCUGCUACUGGCCCGCUGGGAGCACAUACCCCUCAUCAUACUGGGUGUUGUUGCAGGGGCUGUCAUCGCUGACUUCUUGUCUGGUCUGGUGCACUGGGGUGCUGACACGUGGGGCUCCGUGGAGCUGCCCAUCGUGGGGAAGGCUUUCAUCCGACCAUUCCGAGAGCACCACAUUGAUCCGACCGCCAUUACACGGCACGACUUCAUUGAGACCAAUGGGGACAACUGCCUGGUGACACUGCUGCCACUGCUCAACAUGGCCUACAAGUUCUGCACCCAGAGUCCUGAAGCCCUGGAGCAGCUGUACCCCUGGGAGUGCUUCGUCUUCUGCCUGAUCAUCUUCAGCACCUUCACCAACCAGAUCCACAAGUGGUCGCACACAUACUUCGGGCUGCCACGCUGGGUCACCUUCCUGCAGGACUGGCAUAUCAUCCUGCCACGUAAACACCAUCGCAUCCACCAUGUCUCACCCCACGAGACCUACUUCUGCAUCACCACAGGCUGGCUCAACUACCCACUGGAGAAGAUAGGAUUCUGGAGACGCCUGGAGGACCUCAUCCAGGGCCUGACGGGCGAGAAGCCUCGGGCAGACGACAUGAAGUGGGCCCAGAAGAUCAAAUAACUUCUCUGAGCCUGCCGCCUGGUUGCCAACCUUUCUCAGCCCCCAAACCGAAGCCAUCUGCCAAAUUCCAGCCUCUUCAAGCUGGUCCCUCCAGGUGGAGAGGACAUGUCCUGGGCUGGGCCCAGGCAUCCCCAGCCCACCCCUCGUGACACAGAAUACUUGAGCCACUGAUUUUUCAUUUCCUUUUUUCAUUUUCUUUCCUUGCCUCCUCCCCAGCCACCUGAGCUACUCUGUCUGCCAAGCCUGACUGCAGAAAAGGGAGCCCCCCACUGCCAGCCGUCCCUCGGGUAGAGACGAGGCUCACCCACUCCCAGCACACCUGCUGCCCCCUGCCCUGCUGGACAGCCCUUCAGCAUAGCUGGCAUUGGGGCUACUGAAUUGCCUCUAUCUGUCCCUCUUGUCUGGCCCCAGUGGUCUAGGGAGCCACCAGGCACACCUUAGUGUCCUUGGAGCAUUGUUCUGCCAUGGCUCGGCAAACUGACCCCAGAGGCCUGGGUGGGUGGGCAGCCCCAGCCACCACCUUCAUCCCAGCUUAUCUACCCAAGGAUGGCAGAGCUCAGCAAGGGUCUGAAGGCAGCUGGCCAGAAGAGGCCAGAACCUCCUGCCCAAGUCUAGAUGUCCCCAUCUCCCUGGCCCCCACCCCCAUCUGCCCGUGGGAUUCCAGCCAGACUGAUGUUUCCAGUACAUGGACAUCUUUGCAGGGCACAGCCCCUGCAAAGAGUCUUGGUCAUUUGGAAGGGGAAACAGUGUUCCCUCGGCCAGGGUGUGUCAGACAAAGAGUGGGGCUUUUUGUUUUUUGGGCUUUUUUUAAAGGUGCUUGCUUGUUUCAUGUAAAUAAUAGAAAGCCUUAAUAUCUUUUCUGUAACACGGAGUAAUAUUUUAAUGUCAUGUUUUAGAUGUACAUAAUAUAUUUAUAACAAAGCAGCAAAAGUCUACUUAA